ACUGGUGUGACAAACCUGUAUUACUUGUUUGUUUCGCCUUCAAAUCAAUUGGCAACAUUUUAUAUUAAGGUAUCAUUCGCCGUAGCUAGGAUUGGAAAGUGUGGGGACUUAACUGAGGACAAGAUCUUGAUUUUCACAAGUGCUAUAUAACACAGCCAUGACCAUUGGAAUCAUGAUCGCAACUCUUACAGGCUUGUGACCUUUAGCAGGCGCGAAAAACUGGAUUGAGUUGCCUCCAUAUUUUCAGUAUUCCUCAUACAGCUAGAGAUGGCUAAAGAGCCAAAACCUUCUGAAGACAGUAUAGGCUACACAUUGCUUGAAAACCAGGAUACAGAUUCUAAUAAAAUCAUCCAUGAAACGUCAAAUCUGGUGAAUGUUGAAAAUAGUGAAGAGAUAGAAGAAGAAUCAGACCCUGAGCACAAGUUGACUUCAACAUGCGAGACCUUUUGGAACAUCUGCAACACAAUUCAAGGACUGCCCAUACUGGCUAUCCCAUAUGCAGUCAAAAACGGCGGAUUCUUGGCUCUAAUGGUGAUGUUUAUUAUUGCAGUAACUUCAAACUAUACAGCUCAGAUUAUUGUAAGAUGUCUUUAUGACAAGGGGAUUUGUGCUGACAAAUCGAAAAGAAAGAGAAUUAGAAAUUCUUUUGUAGAGAUUGGACAAGCUUUUAACUCGCGAUUCGGUGGAUCCCUGGUUCUAGUUACAGAAAUACUACAAUUGCUAUUCCUCUCUGCUGUAUAUCCAAGAAUGGUCGGACGAAUGCUUGCAAACUCUUUUCCAAAUGUCGUCAGCAUUCCUUGUUGGUUAUGGACCAUGAUUGGAGGCAUCGCUUUUGUACCAAAUAUUUUUCUACAAAAUUUAUCCCAAGUGGCAUGGACGAGUAUAAUCACUGUCGUUUCUGCUAAGGUCAUUUUUGUGGUUGUUUUCACAUACAGUGUUUCACAGUACCAAAGAUGGGAACUUGCUUCUCUAGGAAACUUUGACAUCCAUACUUUCCCAGCCGCACUUGGAGUCCUGGUUGCAAGUUACCUUUCUCAGCCAUUUGUUCCGAUCAUCGAAGGGAGCAUGCGCAAUAAAAAGAAGUUCAACUUAGUGAUGAACUUAGCAUAUUCAUCAAUGACUUUACUCAACGUUGUUAUUGGAUUUGUGGCAUUCAUAUCAUUUCAACCGAACACCGCUGAAGUCAUUACGAACAACCUGCCCGAGGGCUCAUUCAGAAGAGUUAUCAACAUCAUGGCGGCUCUCCUAGCCUUCACGUCAUAUACUCUUCCAAUGUUUACCAUUUUUGACAUCGUACAAACUCAGUCACAACUCCCCUUUCUUCGUGAAAACUUUGGAGCAAAAGUGUGUUGUCCUGAUGUUUUAGUAUUCAGGACCAUUCUCGUUUCGUGUAGUGUUUUAAUGGCUGCAGUAAUCCCUCGGUUUGCGUAUCUGUUAGCUUUAGUUGGGAGUAUAGCUGGAAUCAGCAUGGAGUUUAUUUUCCCUCCUCUUUUUCAUUCCAAGCUUUAUUUUAAUGAACUGCACUGGUGGGAAUUACUCGUAAAUAUUCUUAUAAUAAGCAUUGGAACUUUCUUUAUGCUUACUGGAGUAUUCUUUUCUGGAAAAUCGCUUUUUUUAUUAAAUUGACGAAAAAUGCCGGGUGAAGUUUUUCAUGUUCAAUGAACAACUUGCAUAAAUCUCUUCACAUAGAAACUUUUGAUACUAAAAGUUUUCGUAGAUUAAGUAUAUUGCUUUGUAAUGGAUAUAGAAUAUUUGUAAGUAAAGUUAAGUAAAAAAAUUGUAAUUGUUUAAAUUGCAUGGUAUAAACUAGUUUUUUCUUGAGCUCGCAAAGUCUGCACAAACUAAAUAUAUCCUCUUUCAAAGAGCGUAAUACCAAUAAGCACUCGUUAGUAAGCAAAAAAAAAAGCAUAAAAACCAAAACUGAUGCCAACUACAGGCAAAAUGUGUAGAUCCUGAUCUUAAGAUUCUUAAAAUUAAAAUGCGUGCAAGAAAGAA